UCUGCUAGAUGGUGAUCUCGUGAUUCAUCACUCCAGAGAACAUGUUUCCGCUGCUCCAGAGUCCAAUGGUGGCGAGCUUUACAGCACUCCAGCCGACGCUUGGCAUUGCAGAUGUUGAUGUUGAUCAUGGACAUGUUUGCGGCUGCUCUGCCAUGGAAAGCAAUUCAUGAAGCUCCCGACGAACUGUUCUCGUGCUGACUUUGCUUCCAGAGGCAGUUUGGGACUCGGUAGUGAGUGUUGCAACCGAAAACAGAUGAUUUUUACUCACCAAGCGCUUCAGCACUCGACGGUCCCGUUCUAUGAGCUUGUGUGGCAUACCACUUUGCAGUUGAGCCGUUGUUUCUCCUAGACGUUUCCAUUUCAAAAUAACAGCAUUUACAGUUAACCAGGGCAGCUUGUUGGAAAGGUGGCAUCUUAUGACGGUGCCCCAUUGAAAGUCCCUGAGCUCUUCAGUAAGGUCCUUCUACUGAAAAUGUUUGUCUAUGGAGAUUGCAUGGCGGCGUGCUCGAUUUUAUACACCUGUCAGCAAGGGGUGUGGCCAAAAUACACAGAUCCACUAAUUUGAAGGGGUGUCCACAUACUUUUGUAUGUAUAGUGUAUAUGGAUUUCAUUUGCGCAAUUGAAUUUGGAUCAGAGCCAGAGGGCAUAGGCCUACUACAAUCAUGUUGUUGAUUGUUACAGAUUUUAAAACCAUAGAGUUGUAGAAUAGAUUUAGCCUCUACCUGGGACAUAUUCCAUACAUAGUAAUUUCAUCUCCGGGUUAUAAAUGUUGGGGUGCUUUUUUAGUUUUUAUUUUCAGUUUCUUUACACAAAUACACCGUGGCUCUUGAGCGAACGCUCACAGAUUGAAGUGCGCUCGUGGUGCAGGAACACUGCACGACUCCUCUCUUUCCCACAAUUCACCACGCGCGAUCCUGCGCUCGCUGUCUGUGGUGCUGAAGCGGCGCGUGCUGGGGACUAGAGCACAAACAUACAAUCGAGGUAUCCUCUCGCGGGAUGGUCAGAGGAGCUACGAAGUAGAUAGAAGAAGAGUGUUUUGCAAUUCAGAAAUCCAAGCCAAUUAUUUGUGAUUUUUCAUAUACAAUACAAUUUACAGUAGUCUGAAUUUGGGUAAGCUGUUUUGAUAGCAUAUAGCCUAUUUGCGCUGUACAUGUUUUUUUUUAGGUUUUUUACACAGCCUCUCUCUCUAAAUUAUUUCGCUCUCAUCUUUCGUGUUGUUGCCUGCCCGUGUCAGGCGUUCUUUAUGCACAGCAAGCUGCUCCAGUUCUCUCCGAGAAAAUAGACAUUCACGUCGGAACAGCAUGGCCCGGUCCAGUCGCACCCACUGAGAGAGAUGGAAGCCAAGCAGCACUCCCUAAAGAGCCUGAAGAGCUACCCAGAGGCGGGGGGCCGGAGCCUGGCGGCGGCUGCGGGAGACGUCGGUGUUGGAGGUGGUGGAGGAGGGUGUCGUGCCGGCUCGGCACAGAUGGAGAUGGAGGCAAACAUACAGAAAGCCAUUGACUUCAAGGUGGAGGGCCACCGUUGCUACAAGGAGAAGAAAUUUCGGGAAGCGAUAGGGAAGUACCACCGGGCUCUGCUGCAGCUGAAAGGGGUGCAUUUAGUGGAUGGAACCACGGGGUCCGAGGUCAACCUCCUGAGCCAAGCCGCGGUCAAACUGACGGAGGAACAGCGGAGAACUGUGGAGAUCACGGAGAUCGAGUGCUACGACAGCCUGACAGCGUGCCUGUUGCAGUCCGAGCUGGUGAACUAUGAGCGUGUGAAGGAGUACUGCCUGAAGGUGCUGAGUCACCAGAGGGACCACUUCAAGGCCAUGUACCGCGCUGGCAUCGCCUGCUACCACCUGGGAGACUACGACUGUGCCCUGCGCUACCUGCGUGACGCCAAGCACCGCGAGCCCUCAGACACAAACGUGCUGCGGUACAUCCAGUUGACGGAGAUGAAGAUGAGUCGGGAGGGCCAGCGGGAGCGAGAGAGCGGCAAAGAGGCCCUGGGCUAACCUUUGACCUUUUGGCCCCUGUCACUAUGGCCUACUCUAUGACCCAUCCUACAUCUCCUCUCUGACCUCCUCUCCUCCUUUAUCGAGCCCAGUCUCAUUGAUGACUAGCCCCAGUGAUGCGCUGCAACCAUGUAAAAGAACUCUCCCCCUCUCUUCUCCUCCUUGUCUUCCCUUCUUCCCCCAGGUGCUGUUGUUCUGUACCCAAGAUGCCGACUGCCAAGCCAACGAAGAAAAAACAAAGCAAAGGGAAAUUCUGUACUAAUUCUCAUACAAAACAGCCAUGGUUGUCUGAAUGGAGAAAAAAAAAGCGUUAAAAAAAUAUAUAUGAACAAAGAACGUUGCGUAAUUUAGUAGAAGUGUAAUUUUAAACAACAAAAAAAAUCAAGUAUAAUUUAGAAUUGUCUUUUUUAGUUGUGAGGACUGAGGAGAGGUCCAGGGUUGGGAAAGGUACCAGGGGAGGGCAAUGGAAGGAGUUUGGGAAGAGGGAGAGGUACACCCUGACCCCGCCCUAUUACAAUGGGGGUCUGAAAGCCACUGACCCAGACUGUCCCUGAGAGAGACUGCCCCCCCCAGCCUCAGCCCGGCUAGAGUACAGAUCAGGCUAGCUAGCACGCUACGUCUCUGUCUUUUUCAUUAUGGAAUUGUCUUCAGACAAGCCUGCCUUUGCGCUCAUAUUCAAUCUUCUUUUUUUUGUUGUUUUCAGCUUUUAGUGUCUCGUCUUGAGUUUCUGGACUGUUUUGAAUUCAAGGGCUAAUUCAAGUGUUUGUAAUUUGUCCUUUGAUCGCUUUAACAUUUUUUUUGCUGUUGAUAUUACAUUGUACUUACUACUAUCAGUUGUUCUAAAGCGAAAUGUGUGACCUUUCUCUUUCUAAACAAAACAAACUAACUCCCCCAACAGGCUCGCUGUUCUGCUGUUAACUGGUGUGUUUUUGUGAACUGGUGUCUUGAAUCUGUCGUCAAAUCCCCAAUGGAAUGUGUGUUGUCAGACUGUUACCCCGCCCCUGCUUUCUAGCUAAUGAUGUCACUAUGGAAAAUAGCCAGUGGGAUUGAGGUUCCAACAAGCACCCAUGGCUGCACAGAGUUCUUUUCUGUUUUCUACUCCGAAUAUCUACUUCCAGGCCCUUUAUCGCUGAUGCUGAAUCCUCCCAGACAUCAGUGACAUCACGAGACACUCUUGGCCAGUGUUAGUGCAGGGAAUCCGAUCACAGAUACUGUAUCCUUCUGAAGUGUCUCAACCAUCAACAGGAGUGCGCCAUUUGAGAUUCCCAUUUGAUCGUGUAUAUUUUGAUAGAUAUCAGUGUUGCAAAAAAAAAAAAAAACAUUUCAAAAUGCGCUGCCUCUGUAAGGCAGAUUACACAACACUAGUGAUAAUAGACCAAGACGAGUGAGGAUUGUGGUUGGGGCAAGGCCAGCUAAUGACAUAUUACACACACAGACCCAUCGUGCCACUGCAUACUCUCUCAAGACAAAUCCCAUUGAGGUUGAUAAAGCCUAUAGGGUUGCUGGGAUUUCUAGAAAUACUUAGAAGUACCUGCCCUGUUCUAAGGAGAGGGUCGAGUUGACCAAUGUUAAAGCAUGAGCUUAAUCUCUCCAUCUAAUACCAUGGAACCUAGUUUCCUACACCCUAUGUGCAAGCCAAGCCCCUGCAUGGUAAUGUGUGGCUCAGGUGGAAGCCAUUUUUGAAUCCAGAUGCCAGGGAUCAUGUCUGGUUUGUUGCUUUCUUUAACAUUGCAUGUUGUGCCCCCUUUCCCAUUCAUCCCACGUGGAAUUGGUUAAUGGAGUAGUCAGCAGUUUAGCCUGGAAAUGGUAUCUUGUAUCUUGCAUAGGUUUAUUUUACUAGACUUAUAUGGCCCCAUACAGAAAGGAAUUAGAUCCGGCAGCAGUCAUCUGCCUUGGCCAACGUGAGCCAUGAGAAGAAUAAUUCCCCCCCAAAAAAACAUCAGAGGAGUGAAUAAUGCAAUAUCAAAACGACAGCAGUUCUCCUCAUUUGCCUGUGACCUAAUAUGAGGGAGAUCGGGACCAAAGUGCGUCAAUGCGACUCUGGAGAGGCAGCAGCACGAUGCCUGGAGCAAACUUGCAUGAGCCAGAGGCUCCAACUGGAGAGAGAAAUGGGGCAGCAGCACCACUAAUGCGGCACGAAUGCCAUGUCGCUCUGAAUCUGUAGAGAUGGGAUUAUGUUAGAGCAGCGUAAUGGAGAGGUUGAGGGGGGGGGUGAACACCUUGGAGCAAGGGUAACAGCAGCAUGGUGUGGAACCACCAAGAACUCUCUCUCUCUCACUCUCUCUCUCUCUCUCUCUGAUUAUCAUUCUCUCCACCUCUUGCCCCCCCGUCUCUCUCUCGCUCUCUUUCUCGCUCUUCUAUCUCAGUUCAAUUCAUCUCUUCUAUCUCAGUUCAAUUCAUCUCUUCUAUCGCAGUUCAAUUCAUCUCUUCUAUCUCAGUUCAAUUAAAUUUGAAUUGCUUUAUUGCUUUUUUUUGUAACAAUGUCCACAUUGCCAAAGCCUAUUUUGGAAAUGGAUAUGCUUAAAAACGUUAACAUAAUACGAUUUUUUGUAAUAAUAAUCGGGAUUGUCAAUGAAACAGAACAAUCAGUAACAACAGUAAGGGGGGGGGGUAUACCAAACAUUAAGAACACCGGUCCAGCCCCACCGAGUGGCGCAGCGGUUUAAGGAACAGCAUCGAGGUGCUAGAGGCGUCACUACAGAUCUGGGUUCAAUCCCGGGCUGUGUCGCAGCCGGCCACGACCGGGAGACCCAUGAGGUGGCGUGCAAUUGGCCCAGCGUCGUCUGGGUUAAGGGAGGGUUUGGCCGACUGGGGAUGUCCUUGUCCCAUCGCACUCUAGUGACUCCUUGUGGCGGCCGGGCACAUGCACGCUGACUUCGGUCGCCAGCUGUACGGUGUUUCUUGGUGCGGCUGGCUUCCGGGUUAAGCGAGCAGUGUGUCAGGAAGCAGUGCGGCUUGGCGGGGUUGUGUUUCGGAGGACGCACGGCUCUGGACCUUUGCCUCUCCCGAGUCCGUACGUGAGUUGUAGCAAUGGGACAAGACUGUAACUACCAAUUGGAUUUUAUGGAAUCGGGGAGAAAAAGUGGUAAAAUAAAAUAAAUUGAGUUCCAACUAUAUAUACAAAAUAUGUCGCCACCCCUUUAAAUCAGUCGAUUCAGCUAUUUCAGUCACACCUGUUGCUGACAAGUGUUUAAAAUCAAGCACACAGCCGUGCAAUCUCCAUAGACAAACAUUGGCAGUAGAAUGGCCUUACUGAAGAGCUCAGUAACUUUCAAUGUGGCACCGCCAGAUGAUGCCACCUUUCCAACAAGUCAGUUUUAUGCCCUGCUAGAGCUUCCCCAGUCAACUGUAAGUGCUGUUAUUGUGAAGUGGAAACGUCUAGGUUGUAACAACAGCUCAGGCGUGAAGUGGUAGGCAACACAAGCUCACAGAACUACAAUGCAGAAUGCUGAAGCACUUAGCUUGUAAAAAUUGUCUGGUUGCAAGACUCACUACGGAGUUCCAAACUCCCUCUGGAAGCAACUUCAGCACAAGAACUGUUCGUCUGGAGCUUCAUGAAAUGGGUUUCCAUGGCCGAGCAGCCUAAGAUCACCAUGCGCAACUCCAAGCUUUGGCUGGAGUUGUGUAAAGCUCGCCGCCAUUGGACUCUGGAGCAGUGGAAAUGUGCUCUCUGGUGUGAUGAAUCACGCUUCACCAUCUGGAAUCUGGGUUGGGCAGAUGCCAGGAGAACGCUACCUGCCCCAAUGCAUAGUGGAAACUGUAAAGUUUGGUGGAGGAGGAAUAAUAGUAUGGGGCUGUUUUUAUGGUUUGAGCUAGGCCCCUUAGUUCCAGUGAAGGUAAAUCUUAACGCUACAGCACACAAUGACAUUCUAGAUGAUUCUGUGCAUCCAACUUUGUGGCAACAAUUUGGGAAGGUCCUUUCCUGUUUCAGCAUGAAAAUGCCCCAUGCACAAAGCGAGGUCCAUACAGAAAUUAUUUGUUGAGAUUGGUGUGGAAAAACUUGACUGGUCUGCACAGAGCCCUGACCUCAACCCCAUCAAACACCUUUGGGAUGAAUUGGAACGUCGACUGCGAGUCAGACUUAAUCGUUCAACAUCAGUGCCUCCCUAAUGUUCUUGUGGCUAAAUGGAAGCAAGUCCCCGCAGUAACUUUCCAACAUCUCGUGGAAAGCCUUCCCAGAAGAGUGGAGGCUGUUAUAGCGGCAAAGAGGAAGCCAACUCCAUAUUAAUGCCCAUGAUUAUGGAAUGAGAUGUUCGACGAGCAGGUGUCCACAUACGUUUUGUGAUGUAGUGUACCUCUCGGUCUCUUACUCUCUCAACCUUCACCACUGUCGCUCCAAAACAGAACAGGAAAGCAGUAGUGUUGUAUUAGUCCCUAUGGCUGGCUAAACUGGCCCUCCUCACGCAUGGUCCUCUUGGGAAUAGGUUUUCUCCCCGUGGUUCCUAUCUCCAAUGCAUCCGUCCACCAUCCUGUCGUUGUCCCAAUGUGCUUUCUCGCUCCAUGUCUACGGUUACGGUCGACACAUACAAACAGGUCAGGGCUAAGUUCUUCCCAGCCCUGCCCAAACAUGACCCAUUGUGAGAUAAACAAUGGAAUGACCCUGGACCAGUUAUUGUGGGCAGAAUGUUACAACACGCUGUCUGUACGAACAUAGAUAGAGAGAGACAUCCUCUCCACAGCAGCCUAGUUCUGAAAACAUAUACUGCAUAAGCACAAACUAAAAAGAGGACUGGGAAAGUAAAUGCUGGCUCUGUUUUUAUUUUAUUGUAUUUCUUUCAUUUAAGUCAUUUGAGGUACACGUUUGUCAAAUGUCAAAGUCGUUUUUGUGGUUAUGAAACAAUUGUGGGGGGAAAUACAGAACUGAAAAGGGGAAGAAAAAAAAUGGCUGUUUAAAAGCUUUACUUUAUUGAGUUGUUUCUUCAACUGGUGAGAAAGCAAGUGAAGGGUAAACAGUUUGGUAUAAAGGCGCCGCAGGCUCUCUGUCACUGUGUCUGUGUCGAUGUUUCAGUACGAUUUGUUGUCGCCUGUUUUGGGAAGGUCCAUACACCCACAAAGUGACAGUGGAUCUCGUUGAAGAAAGUGGGCGUUGGAGAACCGAACCAGUUAAACGGUAGAUUUUUUUUAUGAGCUACAAGCAACGAAGAACUCAUCCGUUUCCUUUCUCUCUUUUCUUUCUUUCUCGUUUGCUUGCACCAGAGAGUAGGACUUGAAGAUGAGUACAUCAUGGUUAGAAGUACAUUUUUCCCAUUGGACCAUGUGAGGAAACGUCCGAUCAAUAUUCCAACUCCUAACAUUGGAGGACGUGAUAACUGGUUACGUUGAACUGCUAGCCCAGGAAUGCACUGUUGAUUGGUAAAUGAGGACUAUAAAUAAAGUUUAAAA